CAAAACCACGUCCUGCUCUUCCAUACCACUUCUUUAAAAGCCUCCAAAUUAUCUUAUCAUCAAAAGCCCAUUUUAGACCUCAAAUCACUUUCUUCUUUUUAUCUCCAAAAAUCAUUGUUCAAUUCAUUCACCAAACACAAAGAGCUCAAAAAACGAUGAAGACCAAAGCUAAAAGCCAAAACAGGUUCCUCAGAAUCAUCACGAUACCCCUCAGAGGUUUAAUUAAAGCGAGGGACAUGUACGUUCGAGGCAUGAAUAACAUGGAGGUUAUGAGCCGCACAAACACCGUGAAAGGCUCGGCUGGUCGAUUAUCCUCCGGUCUGCCGAAGAGUUUCAGCGUCGCGACGGCUAGGAAAAACGACAGCGACGACUACGCGGAGCUCGUGAGAGCGGCCUCCGCUAGGGACUAUGGCGGAAAGUUUGACCUUGACAUGCUUCUGCAGCAACAGCUGAGGCAAGUGCUUGAGGAAACGACAACAACAGGAGCGGAAGGCUUGCCCAAGUGUAGCAGCGUUGGGAUGGGGAAAAUCGACGAAGACAAGCCUUAUGAGUUUAGCGACGAUAAGAAGGCCGAUUUCUUGUACCCGAGAAGCACAAGUUACGCCGUUUUUAAAAGAAGUACUGCUGUGAUCUGAUCAGUUUUUAAUUGCAGAACGGGAAUUUUUUUUUUUGGGUCAGUUGUUAAUUAUGUUGUUAAUUUCAUUUGUUGUGUAGAAGGUGUUUGUAAAAAGGUGUUUGAUUUCGAAAUUAUGUCUAUGAGAUUUCUAAUCUCAAAUUAAUUGUUUGAAAAAUCAGAUGAUAAUAUAGACUUACAUAUUAAAAUUUCAGUA